UGUUUCAUCCCACAGCCUAAAAUCCUUGUCAGCAUGUUGGCAUUAGUCCUCCUUUCCCUGGUAGCCGGGUCCCUGGCCCACAGCAACGGUGCGCCUCACCAGGCCUGCCGAGACGGAGUCCCGAACCACCACCCCGUGGCCGCUAUGGCUGGGACCAUGCCGUUCACCAUUACCGGGGGAGCCUACACACCCGGGCAGCACGUUCAUCUUACCAUCAGUGGAAACGAGCCCUUCCGUGGGUUCAUGAUCAAGGCUUCAGAGGGCUCUUUCCAGGCCGGUGCCAACCAGCAAGUCAUGGACUGCGACGGCACAGCGGACGCCAUCACCCACACUGAAAACACCGACAAGAGCUCCGUCACUGUGACGUACGUGGCACCAGCAUCCGCCGCCGGAUCCAUCGGCCUGAGGUUGACUGUCGCUGUAAACCACGAUAAGUAUUGGAACCCCGAACUCUUCACCCUGAGUCAGACUGCAGAUGUCAUCACCGGUUAAGGUCAUAACCUUGCUGACAAACAAGGACAUAAAGCUGUACGUGACAUAAUCGUCCGUAGAAGUGACGUCAUCAAAAGCAGCAACUUCCCGUCUGAUAUGAGAUAUUAAACUUCAUCUGUGCAAUCUA